AAAAAACCUAUCAGAAUUGGCUACCAUAUCGUGUGGUUCGUAAUAAACAACAGAAUAAACACCAGAAGCGGUCUCUGACAAUUGGGUAGUAAAUAUUUAAACUGUAACAUGCAAAAUUAAGUAAAAAUAAAUCAAACGCUUAUGUAUCCUUUCAACACCCGUAACGUAAUAAAACGUACUACCGUCUGAUGGCUCUUUCACGCUUCCGUAGAAUCAACAUUUAUUACACGAAAAUCAUUUAAAGAAUAUUUCUGAAGUGUCUAGGUUUGCAGCUUUCAAAUACAGAAAUGCCCGUCCUCCAAGGCAUAUAAUGACACUUUAAAACAACAUCAAAAAGGACUUUGAACGAUUUAGCGAAGUUCCGAAACUCUCCAUAUACCUUUGCUCUGUCUGACGUCAUUUUCUGUGUUGUCAAAACAUACACAUGCCUUGCGAGACUUUAUAAAAAGUGCCGGCAGUCCUAAGGAUAUUUCAUUAUUUUGCGCCACUUUUGAACAUUUCUUGAUUAACAUAACUGAAUUUUACUUAUUUUUGCCACUGACUUUUAUGUCAGAUGUUUACUUUGAACAAUUUAAUGAUAUAUCGUAAAUUGUUUUCUGUCUUAUAUCAGAGUUAUUGCUCUAGUUUGAAUUACUGCAGAAAUGAAGAAGACAAACUUGAAGAUGAUGCGCAUGGAAAUUUGAAUGAUUGUGCGCAUGGGUUUGACGAUUCGGAAGUAACAUAUUCUCAACCAGUCAAAAACAAGCCAUCGUCUAAUGCCGAUGCAACGUAUUCAGAAGUAAAUAAAACUGAAAAGUCGAAUUCCUCAGCCAGUUGUUCUAAAAAGACCCAGCAAGACGGACAGCUGCUGUAUGCCGACCUUGACUUUGAUCCUAAUGAUGCACCUUUGAAGGGAACCGCCGCCAAGCGCCGAAACUCUCCUACGGAGUACGUUGCCAUAGACUUUGUCAAGACAGCAGCUGAAAAGGCUGAAGAAAGCAAACCAACAGAAGCGGACAAUAUUUAUGCUAAUCAGUAAAAUGAACGUCAAUCAAAUAAUUUAAUCAAAGACAACCUAUGCAAAUUGUGUGCACGCGAUAAUAUAUGUGUAGACGAUUGCUAAAACUUGUAUGUAUAAGAAGCAGUUGUCGUCUGCAACUCACUCAUAUACGUGAUAGGAAUUGUAGUUGAUAUUUUUAUGUUUGAGUAUUUGAUUGAGAGUUUGCUUAUACUUACCCUAUUUUCACAAGUUGUACGAAUGUUUAGAAAUGUUUAAAUAUUAUUUCGUCGAUUUCGAA